AUGGAUUUUCAAGAUGAUGGUGUUAAAGAAUUUACAAUCGUUCUUGAUACCUUAAAGGAUAAUAAUGGAAAAACAAUAAAUAUGUUGACACUUUUUGCUGUUGAAUUAGAAAAACAAUGUUCUAGCAUAGCGAAGAUAAUAGAAAGUAGAAUUUACUCGGUUGAUACAUCAGACAAAAUGUUAUUAACGUUAUAUGUAAUGGAUUCAAUAAUGAAAACACCUAAAUUAAAAACUAAUUGUUAUAUAAACGAGUUUUCUAAAAAUUUAAUUAAUAUUUUUGUUUAUGUUUUUAAGGCUGCCACAGAUAAUGUGAGAAGAAGCCUUCAUAAAAUGCGUAGAACAUGGGAUUCUAUAAUUUCUCAUUCUCUUCUUUAUAAAUUAGAUUUAGCUGUUAAUGAAAUUGACAGUAAUUGGCCCGUUGUUAGUGAUAUUAGUAAUAAACCUUUAACAAGUACUAAUAAAAAUGGUAUACCUGCUAAUAGUGACGGUGGAAAAAAGAUUAUUGAUAUUGUUAAGAAAAGUGUUGAUCCUAUUGAUACAACAAGAUCACAGUUACAAUCAAAAAUAAAGAAUCCUCAAAAUGAUAAACUUUUAAUUAAUCCUAAAUCUGCAAUUGAAGUCAAAGCUGCUGUGGAUCCGAGGAAAACAGCGGAAUCAAGAACUCUCAUUGACACAAAAGCCGGAAUAAAUUCAAGAAUGGCAAUUGAUCCCAGAAAAACAAUGGAUCAAAGAACGGCAAUGGAUCCAAGGUUAGGAAUUGAUCACAAGCCUCCAAUGGAUAUUAAACCUUUAGGAGAUCACAGACCUGUAGGAGAUAUUAGAGUUGCAGUAGAUCCGAGAAUAGGAAUUGAUCGUAGGACAUCAGUAGACUCGAGAUUACCAAUGGAUCCACGAAUGAUACCUGAUGUUCGUAAAAAUCCUGGAGACUUAAGGCAGAAUCAACAAAUGAAGGAAUAUAAGCGACCAGACACAGGAACAACAUUGAAAAGCUCUCCACAGUAUGAGAAACAACCGCUGAUUGGACAAAAACAAGGAAACCAGAUAGUCGAAUUGUCACAAACAACUGUACCACAAAUAGCUGGAAUAAAAAGAACAUCACCUAUUCCUGUACCGAAUGAAAAUAAAGAUGAUUUUCGUAAAAGAAAAUGUGUUGAUACUAAAUUUUCCUAUGAUCAUUCUUCUAUGCUACAACCCAUUCGUGUUAAUACUCCUCCUGUUUUGGUUUCACCACCUAUUCCAAAUGGGUUUAGCCCAAAUUUUUCUCAUCCUAUAAACAGUAAUUCUCCCGUACCUAGGGUACCCGUGAAUAUUGCAUUAUCUAGUAAUAUUCCAACAACAAUCAUUAAAAAUGAUACUCCAAGAAUAGAAGGAAUUCAGGCUAAUAAUAGAAUAUUUGUUGACGGUAAAGCAUAUGAAGUUUUGUUUGUUGAUAAUCAGCCGAUUAUUGAAAGAAAUUGUUUACCACAUAAAAUAUAUUUCUUUGGUAAUCCAAGAAAAGUUACCAUAGACGGUAAAGAGUAUACUCUUCCUUUUAGAGAGUCUAAGACUGUCAUUAUUGGUGGUCUUCAUCAUGUUAUUAGAUUUGGUGCACCUAGUAGAGAGUUAAUCAUGAAUGAGUUUCCUUUUAAAGGAUCUUUUGGUGGUCCUCCUAUAAUAGCUAACAUUAAUGGACGAAAACAUGAAAUUCGUCUAGGUGGUCCUCCACCAGAAGUUAGAAUUGAACCAGAACCAUCUUUUGAAUUAUUGCCAGCGCUUAAAAAAAUGCAAAGAGAUGCUAAAAUUGAUCCUGAAGUCAAAAAAGUUGAGCCAUUAGUUCAAGAUAUUAAAAGUCUUUUAGCUAAAUUAAAAGAUCAAGGGAUUAUAAAGAGUGGACAAAAACCAGGAGAAAAUUCUCUAAAAGAAAAACAACCAGAAGUAUCAUCUAAUAAAUCUAAAUUGUUGAAUCUUAAAGAACCAGCAAAGAAAGUUACACUUGCAAAUAUUUCGUUUAAAGAUCUACCAGAUAACGUUUUAUCACUAGAUCCAAAUUUAAUAUAUCAAGCAACACUGGAAGUAUUAUACCAAUCGAGGAACGUAUGUCCAAAUUGUGGAUUACAAAUGGAGAAGAGUGACGAUGAAAUGUUUCAAAAACAUAUGGAUUGGCAUUUCCGAGAAAAUACACGUUUAAUUCAAAAUAAAAAUGCUUCAGUUAGGCCAUGGAAUAUGACAGGAGAAAAAUGGUUAAAGUUUAGUGAACAAUUAGCGUUAACACACAACUCUUCUAAUAAUUCAGAUACAGAGGGUAGUGAUGGUGAAAGGAAUUCAGGAAGUGCAGACAUAUUAUCGUCAGAAGUUCAUAAUAAAUGUUGUAAUGUAUGUGGUGAACAAUUUGAAGAAUAUUACGAUGAAGACGAUGAUUUAUGGAAAGUAAAAAGUUGUAUUGUGGUAAAAAAUAUAGCAUACCAUGUAUCUUGUUCCAAUGACAUGGCAUUAACAGAAGAACAUACGUCAUCUACAACAAUUAAUAAAAAAAGACAAGUUGAAACUUCAGUCUUCUAA